AUGAGCAGCACCUUAGCCAAGAUUGCGGAGAUCGAAGCAGAGAUGGCUCGGACUCAGAAGAACAAGGCCACCGCGCACCACCUGGGGCUGCUGAAGGCUCGCCUGGCCAAGCUUCGCAGGGAACUCAUUACUCCGAAGGGAGGUGGCGGUGGCGGGCCAGGAGAAGGUUUUGAUGUGGCCAAGACAGGUGAUGCUCGAAUUGGGUUUGUGGGGUUUCCAUCCGUGGGGAAGUCAACGCUGCUCAGUAACCUGGCCGGGGUAUAUUCUGAGGUGGCAGCCUACGAAUUCACCACUCUGACCACCGUGCCCGGUGUCAUCAGAUACAAAGGUGCCAAGAUCCAGCUCCUGGAUCUCCCGGGUAUCAUUGAGGGUGCUAAGGACGGGAAAGGUAGAGGCCGUCAAGUCAUUGCAGUGGCUCGAACGUGUAACUUGAUCCUGAUUGUUCUGGAUGUCCUCAAACCCUUGGGACAUAAGAAAAUCAUUGAAAAUGAAUUGGAAGGCUUUGGCCUUCGCUUGAACAGCAAACCUCCCAACAUUGGCUUUAAGAAGAAGGGUAAGGGAGGCAUUAAUCUCACAGCCACAUGCCCUCAGAGCGAGCUGGAUGCUGAAACUGUGAAGAGCAUUCUGGCUGAAUACAAAAUCCAUAAUGCCGAUGUGACUCUGCGUAGCGAUGUCACAGCGGAUGACCUCACUGAUGUGUUGGAAGGAAACAGAGUUUAUAUCCCCUGUAUCUAUGUGUUAAAUAAGAUUGAUCAGAUCUCCAUUGAGGAAUUGGAUAUCAUCUAUAAGGUACCUCACUGUGUACCCAUCUCUGCUCAUCACCGCUGGAAUUUUGAUGACCUGUUGGAAAAGAUCUGGGACUACCUGAAACUUGUGAGGAUUUACACCAAACCCAAAGGCCAGUUGCCAGAUUACACAUCCCAAGUAGUACUGCCUUACUCCAGGACCACAGUGGAGGAUUUCUGCAUGAAGAUUCACAAAAAUCUUAUUAAAGAAUUUAAAUACGCUCUGGUCUGGGGUCUCUCUGUGAAACACAAUCCUCAAAAAGUGGGUAAAGACCAUACGUUGGAGGACGAAGAUGUCAUUCAGAUUGUGAAGAAGUGA